CAACCAUCACCAUCACCCUUAGAUCGCCACAAGCGCCCAUCGUGGUCGCCCCCUUAUCCUCCCAAUUGAUUCCCUUUUCAUGAGCACUAUGUUGCCUCUUUGGCUUCCAAUCCUUGAUCUUCUACUUGUCCUGGGCUUCUAAAGCUCAAUUUCUGUUUCUUCAACCUAAUAGCUGUUCGCCAAACCUCGGCUCCAGCACCCGCUCUCACGAACUCCUCCGGCUGUUGGCUGGACUUUUCCAGCAAUCGUACAUAACACCACCUUUUUGAAACAAUGUCGGCCGGAACACCAGUGUCCGUCGUGGAGACAGCUCCCCUCAAUCACGGGCUUGGACAUAGUCGCGGCCAUCGUUCACGAUCAUCUCGCAGGUCGCACGGGCCAAUUUCCAUUUCGGCCUCUUCUUUCGACCUGUCUUCAACGAAUCAACAGCCCCCACAACCUGUAAUUAACCCGGCUUUUCCCAAUGGCAGCUCCGGAGAGUCGAUCCAGCACGAGCAUCACCAUACACAUUCCCAUACAUCGAACCACAGCAGUUGGGAAGCGUGCGGCCAUGAUCAUGCCGUCUCCUCAUGCAAUAAUACCCAUCACACAAAGGAUGAUAGUACUACCGGGCUGUUUGGUGCUCAAAUGCUGAAUGUGUCGGCUGAGGCUGGUACGAAUACAAUUCAGGAGGCGCUCGCUGGACUCCUUCUAUCGCUGCCAUGGAUCGCCCUCUCUUGGUACUACCAUCAUCAUGCACAUUGGAAGAUACAGCAAAGGAUAUCGGAAGACCCCGACGCGAUCGCAUCGAGCAAUGGCAGACUAGAACAAGUCGAACGGAAGACAGCUAUGCUGACAGCUGUGACGCUGAUACUGUAUGGAUGUGGAGAAAUCGUGCAAUCAGUUCAGCGGGGAGGAACCGACUCCGUUUUUGCACUCCCUCAGCUGAGUUCAGGCACAGCAAGGGUGGUGUUUCUGCGAGCAGCUUCGCUUGCGUUACCGUUGUAUGCCGGCUUGAAAGUUGGAGGAUUCCUAGUGGCUUUCAGCCUGCUUCUUGCAGUAGCCUCUGGUGUGCCCACGCUACUCCAGGGGAAUGGACCGCACAGCAGUGGCCACUCUCGAUUGAGCCAAAAGAAGGCUAGCAGUGCUGUGAUUGUCGUCGUGGCUGUGCUCAGCUUCUUGGGCUUGAAUGCAAGCUGGGACGAACAUCCAUUCUUCGGUUACGCGGCUUUGCUCGUGUCGGUCUUUGUACUCCGCCCUUUUUUCUCAGGGAUGAAGUCCGCUGAUGUCGACCUCUCUACGCCUACGUCGUCUAAGAGGCAGGAAUCACAGUCCAGCAUAAGCGCUACUUCAGCUGGCGACUCCGUGUUGACUACUUUGUCGGGCCUGUUUCUGGCACUCAUUACCAUCAUCAUCUCCGGCAAUAUCUCGGUUGACUUUACGGAUAUGAUUUAUCACUUCGCCGCCUCUGGUGCCUUCGCACUCAGCUUAUCCUCUAUUGCCCGCUCACAUUUACAGUCCCCCCGCAAGAUAGGCCUUGUUCUUGGGUCCGGCUUCGCAGCUCUUGUAUCCUCACCGCCGCUUCAAGACAAUGUUCAGGUCAUCUACGUCUCCCGGAUCAUUGUCUCUCUUAUAUCUUAUUUUGCUGCGCGAUUUGACGACAGAGCCAUUCGCCACUCUGCACACUCGCAUGCACAUGAACAUCACAGCCAUUCCUCUGCUGAUACUUCAAAAAUUACCAAGUUUAUCCUCCGGUACAGCGAACCGUACCCGCUUCUGUACAGUAUUCUCAAGGAAAGCGAUUCGCGACGCAUUUUCUACUUCAUGUGCCUUAACUUUGGCUUCAUGCUUGUUCAAUUAGCAUACGGUUUUUUGACUGGAUCUUUGGGCCUGCUCAGCGAUAGUAUUCACAUGUUCUUUGACUGCCUUGCUCUAGUCGUGGGUCUUUGUGCUGCUGUCAUGAGUAAAUGGCCACCCAGCUCGAGAUUCCCGUACGGUUACGGCAAAGUCGACACGCUGUCCGGGUUCGCCAAUGGCAUUUUUCUCAUGAUCAUCAGUAUCGAGAUCAUCUAUGAAGCAGUCGAGAGAUUGUCUUCUGGUAGCCAAAUGCACCGCAUUGGUGAGCUUUUGGUAGUUAGCAUUGCGGGUCUGUUGGUGAACCUCGUCGGAAUUAUGGCUUUUGAUCAUGGGCAUGCACAUGGACACGACCAUGGUCACGGACAUUCGCAUGGUAACGAGAACAUGCAUGGCAUCUUUCUACAUAUUCUUGCCGACACGCUUGGCUCUGUCGCUGUGGUCAUCUCGACUAUUCUCGUCCACUAUUCUGGCUGGCCUGGAUAUGACCCCAUUGCUUCAUGCUUGAUUGCGAUCUUGAUCUUUGCCUCGGCAGUCCCGCUCGUCAGCAGUACGGCGAAGACACUGCUACUGGCAUUACCUGCUGACGUGGAGUACAAUGUCCGCGAAGUCCUAGCGGGAGUUAGUACUCUACGGGGGGUGGUUGGGUACACUGUCCCUCGAUUUUGGUUGGAUGACACAGGGAAAGAGUCUUCUGGUCAUCACCACCAUGGCCAUGAUCAUGGUCACAGCCACUCCCACAGCCAUAGUCACGGUCAUGGCCAUGACCAUGACCAUUCCCACAAUCAUAGCCACUCUCAUGCCCACAGCCACAAUCACAACAGCAACCACUCGGAUCCUCACUUUUCCUCCCCCAAUAAUGCUCAUGGCCACGGCCACGACCACAGCACCCACUCCCAUUCCCACAGCCAUGACCACCAUUCCCACUCCCACGAAUCCCACAAUCCAAAACUUCUCGGUGUGAUUCAUGUCAUCGCUUCCCGCACCUCCGACCUCGAGGAUGUCCGCCAACGCACGGUCGACUACCUCCGCGGAAAAGACAUGGACAUUCUCGUCCAGGUUGAGCGCGAAGGCGACGGCCGAUGCUGGUGCGGCGGAGGUGGAAAUAAAGCCAUCUGAGGCCGUUCAUGUUCUUCUCCAUAAGUACCAUAUACAUAAUCAAUAGACAGGUCGGGACACUGGCUCUGAGUUCUCUUCUGAUCUCCCCAUGUUUUUAACUCUUACUGCAACUGAUGUGGUAUGUAUGUGUCAAUGUAUGUAUGUCUCAUACUUACUUCUUCUUUUUUUUUUUUCUUUUUUUCUCUUUCCUCUUCUGACGACGGGGCUUUCUUAUUUUCCAGUCCUUGAUUGGCUCUCAGCUACAAGGAAUGUCUAAUCUCGAUGGUUGAAGCUGUCCUUUAGGACGUAUGUGUUUCGGGAUUUGUACUAUAUUCAUGAGCG